AUGGAUACAUACAAUCUUACAGUACUGAAGUAUUUCAUUCUAACUGGAAUCACAGAUCUUCCUGAGCUGCAGGCCCCUUUAUUUGGACUUUUCCUCAUUAUAUACAUGAUCACUGUAGUAGGUAAUUUGGGCUUGAUCAUCCUCACCAAAAUAGACUGUAGGCUUCAGACACCUAUGUACUUCUUCCUCAGACAGCUCUCUUUCACUGACCUUGGUUAUUCAUCUGCUGUGGGGCCUAAAAUGUUAAUAAACUUUGUUGCUGAUCAACCUACAAUUUCCUAUAAUUGGUGCUCAGUCCAACUGACCUUCUUCAGUGUGUUUAUCACCACUGAAGUUUUUAUUCUGUCAGCUAUGGCCUAUGACCGCUAUGUAGCCAUCUGCCAUCCACUACUGUACACAAUCAUCAUGUCACAAAGAUUAUGCCAAGUUAUAGUGGCAAUCCCUUAUCUCUAUAGUAUGUGUAUAACUUUAUUGACCAUUAUCAAGAUUUUCACUUCAUCAUUUUGUGGCCAUAAUUUCAUCAGGCAUUUCUACUGUGACAGUCUGCCAUUGAUAUUGAUGCUGUGCUCAGACACACAUGAAAUUAAGCUGAUAAUUUUAAUCUUUGCAACUUUUAAUUUAAUUUCUUCUCUUCUAGUAGUCUCCAUGUCUUAUAUCUUGAUCCUUGUGUCCAUUAUCAAGAUGAACUCUUCAGAGGGCAGGCACAAGGCCUUCUCAACCUGUGGCUCUCAUCUGACAGUGAUAGUUAUAUUCUAUGGUACUCUAUUUUUCAUGUAUGCACAACCAAAAUCCACUCACUCUUUUGAGACUGGUUAA